CAGACAAACAUAAUAAUGUAUUGAAUAUUUGUUUAGACAAUAAUAAUAUAGUUUUCAAGACUAUCAUUGAAAUCCAUAUUUUUAUCAUUAUUAUUGUAUUUAAAUUGUAUGCUAUUAUUGUUUAACAUAUACUGUAUUAUAAAUUAUAAGACUGUUUAUAUAUAUAUAUACUGUAAGUACACGUAUUGAUUGGCAAUAAUAACAAUAAUAAAGUUAUUGUAAUAAAAAAAAAAGAUAAUACCAGUGUUUAUAUUUGAUUGGACCGGUAUUUAAAAAGCAAACCAUAAUUUGGCAUUAAUUUUAAGGCAACGAUUAUUACGAGAGUUCAGACGAGGAACCGCUUAAUAUGGCCAUAAAAAAUACGGGAAAUGUCUUAAAGAGACUGAGAUCUCUUAUGAAAAACUCUAGUUAUGUGUCCGACUCUAUCCACGCUUAUAUUGUUCCGUCAGCCGAUGCCCAUGGAAGUGAAUAUAUAGCUUCUUGUGAUGCCAGGCGGGCCUUCAUAUCUGGUUUUGAUGGAAGUGCCGGCACAGCAAUUAUUACAUCCAAAGACGCACUUCUUUGGACAGACGGUCGAUAUUUUCUUCAAGCAGAGAAACAGUUGGAUCACAACUGGACUCUUAUGAAAGAUGCCAUUCCGGGAACACCAACUCAAGCCGAAUGGCUUUGCAAAAACCUAUCACCCGGUAGUCGAGUUGGUGUCGACCCAUUUGUGAUAUCAUUUGAAACUUGGAGACAAUUAGCGAAUCAAUUAGAUUCGGCGGGCCAUACAUUAGUGCCAAUCAAUGAUAAUCUUGUGGAUGAGGUUUGGGACAACAGACCACCACCGCCUAACAAAAGCGUAGAACCGUUACAAUUGGUGUUUACUGGAAAGUCAUGGAUUGAAAAAAUUGUUGAGAUUAGACAAGAGAUGGUAGCUAAAGAAACAACAGCACUGAUCCUUACAGCACUCGAUGAGAUCGCUUGGCUAUUUAAUCUUCGGGGAUCUGACAUUGAUUUUAAUCCAGUUUUCUUUGCCUAUUCAGUAAUAACAAUCGACAACAUAUAUUUAUUUAUUGACGAAAAUAAGUUGAGUCCGGAGGCAUCCAAACAUUUGCAUAUUGAUGUCUCGGCUAUAAAUCAUCAAACACACGGCUCUAACAUUGAGUUACGGCCCUAUAAAAUGAUAAAAGAGUUUCUCAAAUGGAUGAUCAGUCAAAUUCAAGGAAAGAUAUGGAUAUCUCAGAAAUCGAGUUGCAGUCUAGUCAGUCUUGUACCAGAAUCACGAAGAGUUGAUUCCUUGAGUCCCAUUCAGCUGAAGAAAGCCAUCAAAAACUCCGUUGAAAUUGAAGGCAUGAAAAGAGCACACAUCAAAGAUGCAGUUGCUUUGUGUGAAUUCUUUGCAUGGCUUGAGGAGGAGGUAUCCAAUGGAGAUGUCGACGAGAUAUCGGCUGCCAAUAAAUUAGAGCAAUUCCGAAGAGAACAGGAAGACUUUGUAGGACUUAGUUUUGAGACGAUAUCAGCUUCGGGACCCAAUGCUGCCAUUAUUCACUAUCGAUCCACUGAGGAGACCAAUAGACAGAUAACAAAAGAUGAGAUAUAUUUAUGUGACUCCGGCGCUCAAUAUAAAGACGGCACUACCGACGUCACUCGUACCAUACAUUUGGGAACGCCGUCUAGCUUUGAGAAAGAGUGCUUUACUCGUGUAUUUAAAGGCCAUAUAGCACUGGCAACUUCUACAUUCCCACAGUUAGUUAAGGGCAAUGUGUUGGAUACGUGCGCUCGUAAAGCUCUGUGGGACGUAGGACUUGACUAUUUGCAUGGCACGGGUCAUGGGGUUGGAAUGUUUUUGAAUGUUCACGAGGGCCCUAUGGGUAUCAGUUAUAGGCCAUACCCGGAUGAUCCGGGACUUGUCGAAGGCAUGAUUCUGUCAAAUGAGCCGGGAUUUUAUGAAGACGACAAGUUUGGCAUAAGGAUCGAGAAUCUGGUGCUCAUAAAAAAAGCUAACACUAAGUACAACUAUCGAAAUAGAGGUUAUCUCACAUUUGAGACAAUAACUCUUGUGCCCAUUCAGACCAAACUUCUUGAGCCAUCGCUAUUAACGAGUGAGGAAAUUGUAUGGCUGGAUAACUAUCAUCAGACCUGUCGUGAUAUUGUUGGUAAAGCUCUUGAAGAACAAGGAAAAGGAAGUGCUCUUCAAUGGCUAUUAAGAGAGACGCAGUCAUUGGGCUGAUUGUUGUGAUUGAUUGUUAACGAAUCGUUAGGUUUUUGUAAAAUUGUUAUUUGAAUGUCGUUUACGAUCUCCGCUUGAAUUUUAAGCCACAAAAGAAGUGCCAAAACGUUUAAUGUCUUCAUGUAAAUCAAUACAAACAAACAAAUGAUUGGCGACUAAAUUUAAUAGAUUUGAAGAGUUGUAUUUAAAAAGUAUCAAUA